AUUUUUUUCUUCAUUUAUGAGUGUGUGUUCAAAUGGAAUUAAUUUGGGGUUGUGUCCAAGUUAGAAUUUCUCUGAUCACCGUCCCUACCCCGCAGCACAAAGUUUAAUUUUGCCCUUUUCUUAGUUCAACGCAACGCAACAAACCCUGUCGUUUCGUGUUCCAUUAAUCAAUUUUCCCAUUCUCUUAACAAUUUCAAUUUUUCUUCAUCCAUUCAUAUUCACUUCUUGAUUCAAUGGGUAACGCGCAAGUGCAAAACGGUGUCGCCGCUCCUUCUUCCUCCUCUGCUUCGAACCAACCAACAGUAACAGCAUCAACGGCGGCAGCGCCAGCAACAGCAGCAUGUGAAGUGUCGAAUGCACCGAAGAAGAAGAAAAUCUGCUGCGCUUGUCCUGACACAAAGAGGCUGCGGGAUGAGUGCAUAGUGGAACACGGGGAGGAUGCUUGUGCCAAGUGGAUUGAAGCUCAUCGAAUUUGUCUUCGUGCUGAGGGAUUCAAUGUUUGAGAAUUGGUAAUUCUUUAAGAUAAUAAUAAGAAUUGUUAUAGGAUCAUGAUAAUGAUGAUUUUUUUGUUUUUGUUGGAAUUAUAGAAUGGUUAUUUAGUUCAAUUACUAAAAUUCCAACAAAUACUACUAUAGAAUGGAAUUAUAGAAUUGUUAUAGGAUCAUGAUAAUUAUGAUUGUAUUCAAAUACUACUAUCUUAUGAUAGUAGUAUCGAUUGUAAUCAGCCAAUUACUAAAAUUUUGAUUUAACAUCUGAAUAACACUUUUGAUAGAAGGCGUGUCACGGCAUUGUAACACAUGUGAUUUUAUAAUGUUUCAUAGCACAAA